UACGCUCGUACGUACGCACACGGCACACCACCGGCUUCACAACGCGCUUCGAUCGAUCAGUCCCCAAAGGCCAAAAUCCAAACCCUAACCCUAAUUCCAUUUCAAUCUCUCUGUUUUUUCCUAUCAGAAGUAUAACACAUAUUCUUCAGCAUGCUUCUCUCCCCGGGUCACUCUCCGCGCCACCUCUCUUCCCCUUCCCCUUCCGCAAUUUCGGAUGAUACCCUAAUUACCAAUGGAAAUUCCAAUUCUUCAACCGCCCCCAAAAACCAUAGGAACCACCCGAAGGUGCUCGACGAAGACACCUAUGUCGCGGCGAUCGAGAAGAUCAUUGAGCGGGACUUCUUCCCGGACAUCUCGAAGCUCCGGGACCGGCUCGACUGGCUCGAGGCGAUCAAGACGGGAGACCCGGUGCAAGUCCGCGAUGCCCAGUUGAAGAUCAUGGAACGCCGCGGCGGAAAGGUAAAAAAUCCCAACCCUGAUGGAAAAACCCUAACUCCCGGUUCCACAUUCUCACGAAAUUUUACUCCGUUCGAUGAAUUCAAUUCUAAAACCCCGAAAAGCACGAGGAAUUUGAGUGCUUCCAAUGGGGAAUUAUCCGGUGGUGGUGAUUCUGUGGAUUAUAGCGGUGAGAUCGACGUGUCGUUGAGUCUAGAUCAAUUCUUUAGGCGGUAUACGAGCGAGGACAAUCAUAGUUUCUCCAAAAUUGUAGAGAAAGUGAAUAGGAAAAGGAAAGAGAGAUUCGGAUAUUUGUUAGAAGGCCAAAAGGAAGAAGAUGUUAACGCAAUCGAGGGUGUGAAGAGGGAGAGAAUUACUACUGAUGGAUAUGGUACUUCAGACCAACCAGUGAGUACUCUGGAAGGGUGGAAUUAUACGGCGAAGAAUUUAUUGAUGUAUCAUCCUACUGAUAGGGGCGGCCCAUUGACAGAGGAGGAACGGGCAGUUAGGAUGAAGGGUCUAACGAAGGAAAUCAGUCGUGCCAAUACGAGAUUUCAUGGUAAACUGAUGGAUUCUAGGCCGAAAGAUGAUGGGAAGGUUGAAGUGCUUUAUACACCAGUGGCAGGGGCAACUCCAGUUCCGGUGUUUGAUAGAGAUGGGGAUAAGUCGAAGAAGUAUGAUUUGGAUGAUUUGAGGAAGACCCCAAAUCCGUUUUAUGUCGAAUCUGGCAAAAAAGCGACAGACGGGUAUAGUUUUGUUAAGACUCCGUCACCAGCACCAGGGGUUGAUGAGUCACCAUUUAUUACGUGGGGUGUAAUUGAAGGUACACCGUUGAGGUUGGAUCUGGAGGACAACCCCCUUGAUAUUGGGGGUAGUGGUGAGGGGCCUCAGUAUAAUAUUCCACGAGCAGCUGCAAGGGAUGAGAAGGCUCAUUCCCUGUCGAGGGUGGCUGCACGCAAAUUGAGAGAGAGGUCAAAGAUGUUUCAGAAGCCUCCUCUGCCAUCUCCUGUUAGAGGAGGAAGUGCUAGUCCAAGUGUGCGGACACUUUCUCGUGCUGCUCAGAAGUUUGUCAGGAAUGCAAUUGCCAAGUCAUCAUCUACUGUUGAUGAAACUCUCCGUGCUAGUUACCGAGGUGCGAGCCCUGGUUUGGCUACUCCUAAAAGUGGAAGGAGCGUUUCAAGGUUUGGUAGAGAUGGGAGUACGGGUUCCAGGUCACCUUCUAUAAGGGAGGGUUCAAAUCCUCCUUGGUGAUGUUCUUAAUUUUUCUUUGUUAUGUUAUGUAUAAUCGUUCAAUACCUUGAAGUAAUAAAAUGCUUUGUUGACUGUA